GGGUUAAGGUAAAAGCACGAGGUAGACUAUCUCAUCAUUUCUCAACAAAAAGAAACCACCCCAAAUAGCAGGAGAAAGAAAAACACUCAAUCCAUCCGCGCUCCAUUACAGAUAGAGUUGUAGAUGGAAUUUAGAAUUUUUUUAUUUAUCACCCCCAACUCCAAUUCCGUACGUGUCCUGCCUGAACUCAACAACCAUGGCGUAUUCAAAACUGAUCUCUUAUCCUUUGCUAAUGAUAGAUAGAACUCACCAUCCAUCUCUCUCUCUCUCUCAAAUAAUCCGAACAGAAUCUGUCGCAUCUCUCUCGGCUAGUUCCUCUCUCAGCAUAUCAUACUCCCAUUUCAUGAUCUCGAAGCAUCAACACUAAUUUCAGAUACUCUCUCUCUCCUUAAUUAUACAUAGCUUAUCGUCAAUUAUUUAUUUAUAUACGUAGCCUAAGCCUCUUCCCAAAUUACGUUGAGAGAUCAUUAUAAUGGGGUUCGACAAAGAAGCGAAUUCGUACUCCAAUGGCCUCCUCCGCCCUCUCCCAAGAGAAGACACACCUCUCAUGGGCAAAUCAAAGCCUCUCUCCUCUCAAUCCAAGACUUUCGCUAAUGUCUUCAUCUCCAUUCUCGGUGCGGCGUAUUGGGGUGGCUCACCAGCCUCAUAAUGAUCUUCGUUGUCGCUGCGCUGACCUACCACUGCAUGAUGCUUCUCAUCCACACCCGAAGAAAACUUGAAUCCCCCUUCGGUUCCGACAACAUCGCCUCUUUCGGCGACCUUGGCUUCGCCGUCUGUGGGCCCGUUGGUCGAUUCGCCGUCGACGCCAUGGUCGUCCUCCUCAAGCCGACUUCUGCAUGGGCUAUCUCAUAUUCAUUGGCAACACAUUGGCCAAUCUAUUCAAUGCAUCUUCAACCGCCUAUCUCAAUUUCAAUUUAGUCCACCCUAAGAUUUGGGGAAUUUCGGCCAAAAGUUUUUACAUCUGGAGUUGUUUUCCCUUCCAAAUGGGGUUAAAUUCGAUCCCUUCACUGACACUUUCGGCUCCUCUGAGUAUUUUUGCUGAUAUCGUUGACAUUGGUGCAAUGGGCGUGGUAUUGGUUGAGGAUGUGUUGAUUUUCACCAAGCAUAGACCGGUUGCUGAGGCUUUUGGGAGUCUAUCCAUGUUCUUCUAUGGAUUGGGUGUGGCUGUCUACUCAUUUGAGGGAAUUGGAAUGGUUUUGCCUUUGGAAUCGGAGAUGAAAGAUAAGAGCAAGUUUGGGAAAAUAUUGGGCUUGACCAGGUUGUUCAUUGCUUUGAUGUACGGAUCAUUCGGAGUUUUUGGUUACUUUGCUUUUGGUGCGAACACAAAGGAUAUAAUCACGAGCAACUUGGGACAAGGAUUAUUGAGCACUUUAGUUCAACUGGGCCUUUGCAUCGAUCUGUUUUUCACAUUCCCAUUGAUGAUGAAUCCAGUUUAUGUGGUGUUUGAAGGGAGAUUUUGGGAAGGAAGUUACUGCUUGUGGAUGAGAUGGUUGCUGGUUUUGGUGGCUCUGUUGGUCCCAAAUUUUGCUGAUUUCUUGUCAUUAGUGGGGAGCAGCACUUGCUGUGUGUUGGGCUUUGUUUUGCCUGCUUUGUUUCAUUGUAAAGUCUUCAAGGAAGAGAUGGUCUGGAAAGGAGUGCUUCCUGAUGUGGGCUUAAUUCUCUGAGGUUUGUUUCUUGGGAAUUCAGGGACAUGGUAUUCUCUGAUAGAGAUAUUCUCUGUAAAGGUUCUAAGUGAUCCACAAAAGAGAGCAAUCUAUGAUCAGUAUGGUGAAGA